AUUUCAGUUGCGUUGCGUCCACGCAGGUCUGUGGUCAGGUUACGCAUGUAUGUACACGCCUUUACGAUUUCACGAUGUCCGGAAAAUAAAGUAUGCGUACGGACUGAGUCGAAAACUUUUACGGAUGAAUAUAUAUGACUAUGUAUUAGUGCAUGAACUAUUUAGUGUAGUGUACGUGUACGUAUUUUUUUAUUUUAAAAACAAAUAAAUUAUUUUAGUGUCGUGUAUGUACUUGCAUUGUUUAUGUGUUGGUUUUCUAUUAACUGUGAUGUGAUAGUACAUUUUCACCGCAUGUUUAAAGGUCCAAAAGCUUUGCAAUCUUCAUUACACUUUAAUUUGAGAAGUCCAAGUAAAGUCAACGCAGCAGAAGGAUCCAUGUUAAUUACGUUCAAGAAUUCUAGGAAAGCUGCUCUGCUCCUCAUGUAUAAGCAUUUGUACUUAUUAGCUGGUUUGAUUACAUAUCAUAAACAGAAGCAUCAACAAACUAUGUGAUUAAGUAUAAACAUGUCAUCUAAAAGAAAGUCGCCACCCUCAAAGUUGCAAGAAGGAUCCGCCGACACCGAGAAACAGGAACCGGGUCCCGCCAACCUGGACUUCUCUGACCACCACGAGUCCGACGAGAACGACCACCAGACCUUCUACAAGUUCUCCCCGAGCUCCUCACCCAGGACAUCCAUCAGCGAAGAGGAUACCUACGAGGAAGAACAGCCGAGCAAGAGACAGAGAUUCGACCAAACAUUAGACAUGACCAACAACCUCCUAGUCCCAUCCUCCUUCCUCAGUCUCCACCAAGUCAGCGAUCUCCAAGCAAGAAGACGCGGCUCCUCGGAAUGCAGUAGUCCAGGCGCUGAAGCGAAAGUUUUGGGUCUCUGCAACAAUAACAAUUCAUUGCUUAAUCACAAUAGCGCGUUGUCGCUAUCGGCGCCUCACAAGCGGUCGAUGGAUGAUGUGCUGAAGAGAUUAACGUCGAAAAUGAAUAAUAGCACCAUCAAAGAGGAGAAGAGGCCCACACCUUCUACGACGCCUGUGAAGCAAAACAACGAUAGACGAGGAGUGCUAGACGCGGCAGCGCUGCAAGCAUUGGCAGGAGAAAGCGUGCUGGAAAAAGAACGGCAAUUAUCGGAGAUGAUCUUGCAGCUGCAGAUGGUUAGGGAGCAACUGUUAGCGCAACAGGAGCAUACUAAGAAUAUCGGAACAGUAUCAGCGGAGUUGGAGCUACAAAGACUUCAGCAAGAGCACCUUCGGAGGCAGGAGAUGGUGAGGCGCGGGCACUCCUUGUAUCCGGGCCCUCCCCUCGGCCUCAUCCCUCUCCUGGAGCAGAUGCGGCCGCAACCACCUCCACCACCUAACGUGGUACCAAGCCCAGCCUGGCCGGCCACAGCCCAGCUCGCGCAGCUGACGGCCAGCGCCCGCUCGCCCCCUCCCCCCGACCCGGACACCCCCCUCAACCUCAGCAAGCAGCGCUCCCCCUCCCCCGCGCCGCCCAUGAUGAUGCAACGAUUCGUGCCCUACCCUCCGAUGGAAGAAAACAGCCCGUACAUGAAGAAGGAUGACGACUUCAACGCUGGUUGCAACACGUCGUCCUGGCCUCAGCAAAGUCCCGAAGAAUCUGAAAAGGCUAAGCUUAUCCGUCAGCCAAAACGUGACGAGGCUGGCAAACCACACAUCAAGAGACCAAUGAACGCGUUUAUGGUUUGGGCGAAAGAUGAGCGCCGCAAGAUACUCAAAGCUUGCCCUGAUAUGCACAACUCUAAUAUUUCCAAAAUCCUCGGGGCAAGAUGGAAAUCAAUGUCAAACGCUGAAAAGCAGCCAUACUACGAAGAACAGUCAAGACUUUCCAAACAGCAUAUGGAAAAGCAUCCUGAUUAUAGAUACCGACCGAGACCGAAGCGAACGUGCAUAGUCGACGGCAAAAAGAUGCGGAUAUCGGAGUACAAGAAUCUGAUGCGCACGCGCAGACAGGAGAUGAGACAGCUGUGGUGCAGGGACGGGGGCAGCGAGCUCAACUUCCUGCCCUCCCUGUCCAGCCCGGGGCCUUCGAACUCCUCUCCCCCGCCCAAUGGAGGGAACUACAUGAACCCAGCUUUCUCACCCCCACUAUCGCCUCGAGAGGAAGAUUGAGGUUCGGCGCGCGGCUGGCCUUACCCGCACGCCGCGCCCCUCUCCAUGCCGCCCUCGCACCACCUUUGGUAAACUUUUCCAUCCCAGGCGAAGAUGAAAUCAAGUGAAAUAGAGACAGUAAAGUUACGGAGGUUGUUCAUUAUUACGCCAGUGUCGCUCGAUCUCUCGUUUAUACAAAUAACUAAUUAUAAUUUGAGAUUAUUCCAUUAGUGAAUUAAGAUCGACUCAUUGUAAUCCGUAAAAUGUAUCGUGUAGAUGGCAUAUGGUAAACUUAUUAUGUAAAUGUGCCAAAAUUGUAUCUAUUGAAUUUAGAUAAUUAGAAAAGUGUAAAUAAUAAGUUAAAUGUUAUACUUCAAUUCUCUCAAUGUAAAUAUGCAAAACCUUUGUAGAUAUGUAUGCACGUAUUAUAUUUUCGGCUAUAGUAUAUGUUAGUACUACAUAAAUAGUGUAGGGGUAGAGUUUAGUCUAUUUAAGCGUAGUUUCCCAAGUUUAAUUUUUGUGUGGCCAUGUGUAAAUCUUAGUUAAACUAUCUACAAUUUCGUAGUGUAAACUUAAGGGACUUAAUGUAUCGAACCAAAAAUUUGAAGCGGAAUGCUUGAAAAUUUAAGUGUUUUGAACACAAACUGUUGUAACCAGUGAUAACUAUGAUGCAUAAUAGAAAUAUAAUAAAAAAAAUUAUAAUACUCAUUAGCGAAAAUCUGUACUUUAAUAUUAGUGGGUACCACAGAAAUACCCUUGUGUAAUAUAAAACAUUCGAUGCUACUUAAUUAUUACCUAAUAAGUAUUUAAAAGAAAUAAUAAUAAUAUGUUAUCUGUACCGACCGGUGUUGAACACAAAAUGGUGGUCAAUUUGGAGAUUGUCAAUUUGAUGCAAAAAUAGAACGAGUAAAAACUAUUCCCAAUUUCUAAUAAUACAAAUAGACCCACCGAGUAGUGGGGAUUUAUACUUAAAUAAUAAAAAAACAAACAAAUAUUCGCUUUAUCAAAUCGUGCAAUUUAGUAGAUGUAGAAAUAAGUCAUAGUUGACAAGUAGUUAUGUAUCUAAGGCAAUAGAUAUAGAUAAUAGUAAACAAAGUUGUAUAGUUAUAGAUGUAAAAUCAGGCUGAAGGGAGUGAUGUCGUUAAUUGCCAUUUUUAUUCGUUAUUUAUUUUUCUAAUUGUAUUUUUCUUGUUUUUAUUUUAUUUUUGAACUGAUUACGGGGACACACCUUUUAGUCGAACAGUCACUUAACUAUCAUAACAUACUAAGAAUCAGAUCUACUUUUCAUACUGUACCUAAAUUUCAACAUAUGGUCAGUAGAAAAUUUCUUUAAAAGAAGUUGAUGUAUAUUUUAGAUAAAAAUCCUGAACUUUCUCUUUCUUCUAUACUUUUGUAAAUAUUUUAAAGUUAUGUCACAAAUUUAAUAUUUAUUUUUUCGUUUCACAGUGUGUGCCCGUUUUUAAUUUGUAUGCCAGUAAUAUAAUGUACUCAACAUGAAUAGUUGUAGAGAAAUAAGCGUAUAAAUAAAUUAUUGUGUACGUGACUUAAUCGAAUAUUUGUAGCGUGUAUUAUAUUGUAUCGAUUAAGUUAUUUUCGUUUUGACAUCAAUACUUAUUGCUCUUAGUCUAUGGACUAUCGAUAAUCGAAUCGGUAAUCGGUAAAGCGCAAAUCGUACAUCACUAAGCCGACUGUCAUUGUGAGAAUAACAUAAUGGAUGGAGUAUAUUUAGUAAAUGUGUAAGGGUUUAGACAGUGCCGUUAAAUUAUUUAUUUUUAUGUUGAUUCCCAGUGUAUAUACGCGAUAUUAUGAUGUGAACGUUAGUUGUGGUUAUUUUAUAAAUGAUCGAUACUUAAAUAUGCUAAUUUGCAUAGAUCUCGGUCGAUAUUUUUUCUUAUUCUGUAUUUAUUAUGGUUCAGGAAUCUCAUUUUAAUUUUGAAAAUAGAAUGCCCGUGAACUGUUUUUUUUUAUAUUCCUUCGCAAGGAUUUUAAUUGCAGAGUUUGUUAACGGGAUAAUUAUUGUACUUAUAAAAAUUACUGCGUUGUUAUAUUUUUUAUGGUUUUUAACCAUUUUUUAUGGUUUUUUAACAGACUUAUUUUUGGCGAUUGAGAUUAUUUUGUUAUACCCAGUUUCCACUCAGUGCAUAAUGUAGACAGAUUUUUGGUUUACUGCCAAUAAGGUAUUAACCGGGACACAUUACUUCAAAAAUUGUGCCAAAACCCAGAAGUUUAAUAAAAAGUAAUUAUAAAAAAAUA